AUGUUUAAUUUACAAUUUAGCGUUAAAAAAAAAAUAAAACCCGUUACACUUGUCACUGUGUUGCCACAAAAAAAGUCAGUCGUUGAAGCAAGCAAUAAUGUCGGUAGUAAAUUAAAUCUAACAAAGAGAGAAGUACCAAAAAGAUAUUUAAUAUUUCCACAAGGAAGUAAUGUACAGAUGGUUUACUGUUUGACGAUCGGGACCUAUGCCAAGCCAGAAAGCUUCUUUACAGUGGGAGUAACAGCGGGAUUGGCUUGGGAACUGCCGCACAAAAACUCGGUGCCUUACCGAAAACCUGCUGAGGUUUAUCACCGACGUAGCAGAAGAGAACUGUAUCGAAAAGUGGAGUUAAUGUUGAGCACACGAGGCAAAGAUGGCAAAGCCUGCGUGCUUAAAGCUCUUUGUCAAGCAGCAAGAAGAAAUGACUCUGACGUCGGAAAAGGCAGCUUUAUAGAAGAAAUUCUUUACUCUAUAUUCACGUGA